AGAAACCUAAUAAAUAACUAACCAUUUACCAAAGCCAGUAAGCACCAAAAAAAUUGGCAAGCAAAAAAAUACCAUAUUGUCUCAUCUCCACUGGGAAUCACAAAAGUGGAAUCAUGCCAAUCCACUUCUCUUUCCUUUUCAAGCACUACAAACAAGGGAAGAAUUCUUCACUUUGUUCAUACCCUCCUCAUCAAAAUCCACCUAAAUACUUCUCUGACUUUGCUCAUAUACUUUAUACAGCUAACCAGUCUGGUAGGCUGAGCCCUAAGAGUUGUCAAGAUUCCAUUUUUAUAGUUGUUGGGGCCUGUAAUCUUGGAAUUUGAACAAUUUAAAGUGACAAGAUUCAAGAUUUUACAAUUCUGUCUGCUUUUGCAGUUGCAGAAGGAAAGAAUUGUCAAGAUUCCAUUUUUGUAGUUUAUGGUAUCUGUAAUCUUGGAUUUUCAACAAUUUAAAGAAAAAAAGAUUCAAGCUUUUUGAAUUUCUCAGUACGAAAUGGGCACCUUGAAUUUUAUGUUUCCUAAUUCACUUCUUGAUGGUACCUGCAAGAUUGUAGCUUUGGGUGAUAGCAAACCCAGAUACAAUAAACAAAGAAGUUCUUGUUUUAACCCAUUGAGAAUUGGAAAUUGUACUGAUCACCAACAGCUUUAUGGCCUGAGUUGGGGGGUGGACAAGGCUAAGGGAAGAAGAGGGGGUACUGUUUCCAAUUUGAAAGCAGUUGUAGAUGUAGACAAAAGGGUGGAGACCUAUGGAAGUAGUGAUGUAGAAGGAAAUGAGAGUGGCAGUUAUGAUGCCAUUGUUAUAGGGUCAGGAAUAGGUGGAUUGGUGACAGCGACACAGCUGGCGGUUAAGGGAGCUAAGGUUUUAGUCUUGGAGAAGUAUGUUAUUCCUGGUGGAAGCUCCGGCUUUUACGAGAGGGAUGGUUAUACGUUUGAUGUUGGUUCAUCAGUGAUGUUUGGGUUCAGUGAUAAGGGAAACCUCAAUUUAAUUACUCAAGCAUUGGCAGCAGUAGGACGUAAACUAGAAGUUAUACCUGACCCAACAACUGUACAUUUCCACCUGCCAAAUGACCUUUCUGUUCGGAUACACAGAGAAUAUGAUGACUUCAUUGAAGAGCUUGUGAGUAAAUUUCCACAUGAAAAGGAAGGAAUUAUCAAAUUCUACGGUGAAUGCUGGAAGAUCUUUGAUUCUCUGAAUUCAUUGGAACUGAAGUCUUUGGAGGAACCCAUCUACCUUUUUGGCCAGUUUUUUAAGAAGCCCCUUGAAUGCUUGACUCUUGCCUACUAUUUGCCCCAGAAUGCUGGUAGCAUUGCUCGGAAGUAUAUAAGAGAUCCUGGGUUGCUUUCCUUUAUAGAUGCAGAGUGCUUUAUUGUGAGUACAGUUAAUGCAUUACAAACACCAAUGAUCAAUGCAAGCAUGGUUCUAUGUGACAGACAUUUUGGCGGAAUCAACUACCCUGUUGGUGGAGUUGGCGAGAUUGCCAAAUCCUUAGCAAAAGGCUUGGAUGAUCACGGAAGUCGGAUACUUUAUAGGGCAAAUGUCACAAGUAUCAUUUUGGACAAUGGCAAAGCUGUGGGAGUGAAGCUUUCUGACGAGAGGAAGUUUUAUGCUAAAACCAUAGUAUCGAAUGCCACCCGAUGGGAUACCUUUGGAAAACUUUUAAAAGCUGAGAAUCUGCCAAAAGAAGAAGAAAAUUUCCAGAAAGCUUAUGUAAAAGCACCUUCUUUUCUUUCUAUUCAUAUGGGGGUUAAAGCAGAUGUUCUCCCACCAGACACUGAUUGCCACCAUUUUGUCCUUGAGGAUAAUUGGACAAAUUUGGAGAAACCAUAUGGAAGUAUAUUCUUGAGCAUUCCAACAGUUCUUGAUUCCUCAUUGGCCCCAGAAGGGCACCAUAUUCUUCACAUUUUUACAACAUCGAGCAUUGAAGAUUGGGAGGGACUCUCUCGGAAAGACUAUGAAGCGAAGAAAGAGCUUGUUGCUGAAAGGAUUAUAAGCAGACUUGAAAAAACACUCUUCCCCGGGCUCAAGUCAUCAAUUCUCUUUAAGGAGGUGGGAACACCAAAGACCCACAGGCGAUACCUCGCUCGUGAUAGUGGUACCUAUGGACCAAUGCCACGGGGAACACCGAAGGGAUUACUGGGAAUGCCUUUCAAUACCACUGCUAUAGAUGGUCUAUACUGUGUUGGCGAUAGUUGCUUUCCAGGACAAGGCGUUAUAGCUGUAGCCUUUUCAGGAGUUAUGUGCGCUCAUCGUGUUGCAGCUGACUUAGGGUUUGAAAAAAAAUCAGAUGUGCUGGACAGUGCUCUUCUUAGGCUACUUGGUUGGUUAAGGACACUAGCAUGAUAUCUACUUGUUAAGCUUAAAAGAAACAUUUGACACCCAAAAAAAGGAAAUGAGAAAUAGAACUCUGAAGAUGAGAAUAAUAGGGAUUACAUUAUCUUGAUCAACUUCGCGCAUAAGCUCUUCGAUGGGGAUAUUGCUUAAACCAAACUUAUCACAAGCCUUUUGGAGCUCAUCCUGC